AGAGAGAGAGAGAGAGAGAGAGAGAAAGUCAGUCGGUCAGUCCAUGUUUUCCCGCGCUCACGUGCCCGCGCGUGCACGCGUGUUGUUCAGUAGUGUGGCUCCGAUGCCAGAAGCUCAGCUUAGCAACACUACAGCUGCUGCUGUCGCUGCUGUCGGUGGCGUUGCUCUUAUUAUUCAGCGAUUUUUUGGAUCAAAAUUACACAGUUUUGUCAUGAGUCGAGUCCCAGCGGUGGAAUAAACGCUCCCUUUGUUUAUUGAUUGGAGAAGAUUAUGAGAUUUCAUCGGAAAGGUUCCUAAAACAAGAUGAAACGAGGCAGAGUAAACAUUGCGGCAAAGUGCCAGAGCUUUAGCCCUACUCAAAGCAGAGCCAAGAAACAGAAGACUGGCCAGGGGGUGUUCACCUUACAGAGCUAUGCCCAGGACUGGGGCAACCUGCCCCAUCACAUUGUUCUCCACAUAUUCCAGUACCUGUCGCUGGUGGACCGGGCGCGGGCCUCGUCCGUGUGCCGCCGCUGGAACGAGGUGUUUCACAUCCCUGAACUUUGGAGGUGUUUUGAGUUUGAACUGAAUCAGCCAGCCACAUCCUACCUGAGGUCCACACACCCUGACCUCAUUCAGCAGAUCAUCAAGAGACACGCUCAGCACCUGCAGUACGUCAGCUUCAAGGUUGACAGCUGCACGGAGUCCGCAGAGGCAGCGUGUAACAUCCUGUCCCAGCUGGUGAACUGCACCAUUAAAACUCUGGGCCUGAUCUCCACGGCACGGCCCAGCUUUAUGGAUGUCUCUCAGUCACACUUCGUGUCUGCGCUGACGGUGGUGUUUGUGAACUCCAAGUCCCUGUCGUCCAUAAAAAUCGAUGAUACGCCUGUCGACGACCCCUCCCUGAAGGUUCUGGUGGCUAACAACAGUGACACCCUGAAGCUUUUAAAGAUGAGCAGCUGUCCACACGUCUCUCCUGCAGGGAUCCUGUGUGUGGCAGACCAGUGCCACGGCCUACGGGAGCUGGCCCUCAACUACCACCUGCUGAGUGACGAGCUGCUGCUGGCGCUGUCCUCCGAGAAGCACGUGCACCUGGAGCAUCUGCGCAUCGACGUGGUGAGCGAGAACCCGGGACAGACGCAGUUCCACAGCAUCAAGAAGAGCAGCUGGGACGCCCUCAUCCGCCACUCGCCACAGGUCAACAUCGUCAUGUACUUCUUCCUGUACGAGGAGGAGUUUGAGCCGUUCUUCUGCGAGGAGACGCCCGUCACGCACCUGUACUUUGGCAGGGCUGUCAGUAAGGACAUGCUCGGGCGCAUCGGGCUGAACUGCCCGCGCCUGGUGGAGCUGGUGGUGUGCGCCAACAGGCUGGAGCCUCUGGACGAGGAGCUGAUCCGCAUCGCUGAGCGCUGCAAGAGCCUGACUGCCAUCGGCCUGGGAGAGUGCGAGGUCACCUGCAGCGGGUUUAUGGAGUUUGUAAAGAUGUGUGGUGGACGCCUCAGCCAGCUGUCCAUCAUGGAAGAGGUGCUGAUACCGGACAACAGCUACAGCAUGGAGCAGAUACACAGCGAGGUGUCCAAACAUCUCGGACGCAUCUGGUUCCCUGACAUGAUGCCCACCUGGUAGACACAUACAUGCAUACGUAUACAUACAGUACUGUGCAAAUGUUUCAUCCAAAUCAAGGGUAUUUCUAGACCUCACCCUGCCCUUUAGCGCCCUCUGCUGCCCAUUACAUUACUACAUUUUUCAAACAGGCUUGUUAAACUAAUAUAUUAAUUUAACUGUUUUUAAUAAUAAAAAUAAAAGAAUCAGGCAGCUAAAUGCACAAGCUGCUGAAUCUGCUUUGGUUUGUGUGAAUCAGGUUUCUAAAUGAACCAAACUGACAGAAGAAGUAACAUUUCACCAGUUUCCUGGUAAACUGUAUGGUCACCAUCAGUCUCUUAAUUUUAAAUGUGUUAUUUCACUAUGGAAAAACAUUUAAAUAAAUAUAUUUACUUUUUCACAAACGACUUAUAAUUAAGAAAUCAUUUGUUAAUCAGAAGAUUUCAGUUUAUGAUUUGCAACAAAUACAAAUCAUGUUACAGACUAAAAUAAUAGAACUCUUAUUCACCAGCUACUAAUUCUGCCCCACCUUAAAUGAAACAGCUGUAACAUCCUGGAGACUAUAGAGAGGUUUUAUAUUAUUAAGGUAAACUCUUAAAAAUUAGAAUAAGGGUAAGUGAAGAAGUUAACAGCUUUGUUUAAAUUUUUGAUUAAGGUCACUGAGAAACUGUUAACCUAGAGCCAUAUAACAUCUAAAAGAACUUAGAACAUAGAACAUCUAAAAUAACUUAGAACAUAGAACAUCUAAAAGUCUCUUCUCUUAAAGAAACCUUGCCGUUAAUCACAUUUAUUAAAUUUCUAUAAUUUAGCACAGGGAUUUCUACUGCAGCUAAAGAAGUCUGUAAUACAGUGUCUGGAGUAUACAGUGUGCUUCUAAGCAGCUCACUUAUAUUAUUAUAAUUUCAUAUAUUUAUGGUAUUUAUUUAGUGACCUUCAAAGGUUGUCCCUGCUUAAGGCUUUUGCACAGUACUGUAUAUGAUCACUGUCACGCAAAAAUCUUUUAUCUUCAAAACAGAAAGUUUUUAUGUAAAAAAGAUUUUAUUCCAAGUAAUUCUGGAGCGUUUAUAAAUCCAGUGUUGCAUAUGUACUGGUAAUGCAUCAUAGAAGGCAUUACCUCCUGGUUAAAAUUUUAGUCUAAUAGACAAGGGACUCUUGUAGAAAUGACCUUCACUAUGAACGCAGAAUCAGAAUCAUAAAUACUUUAUUGAUCCCAGAGGGAAAUUGUGGUUGUAAAUAUUAAUAAAUAUUAAUUAAUAUAAUAAAUAUUAAAUAUCCUGUAAAAAAAACAUGUCAGAUUAUUGCACUCUUUUAUUAUCCUAUUGCUCAUAUUAACCAAAUAAUAAUAAGAGCAAUAGUGUCACAUGAUAUGGAAGGAGUUAUAGAGUUUUAUAGGGCAUUUUGGCAAAAUGAGUCUUGCACUAAAUGUGCUCCUGUGACGCACGCAGAAAACCCCCAACUCACAUAUCCCACAGGUCAGUGCAGCUUUCUUCAGCCUCCAUGAAAGUAAAAGUGGCUAAAGUUGUUGGACACAAGUGAGUUGUCCCAUGACUUUUGGCAUGACUGUGUAUGUUACAUAUAUAUAUAUAUUUUUUUUUUUUUUUGCAGGACAGUGGUGUUAUAUACAGCUCUGUAGAAAAUUAUGAGACCACUUUUUUGCUAUUUAUAGGUAUAUGUUUAAGUAAAGUGAACAUUUUAGUUUUAUUUUAUAAACUACAGACAACAUUUCUCCCAAAUUUCAAAUAAAAAUAUUGUCAUUUAGUUCAUUUAUUUGCAGAAAAAGAAAUGACAAAGAUGCAGAGCUUUUAAACCUUAAAUAAUGCAAAGAAAACAAGUUAAUAUUCAUGAAGUUUAGAAAUCAAUAUUUGGUGGAAUAACCCUGUUUUUUAAUCACAGUUUUCAUGCAUGUUGGCAUGUUCUCCUCCACCAGUCUUACACACUGCUUUUGGAUAACUGUAUGCGACUCCUGCUUGGUUUGAUGGCUUGUGGUCAUCCAGCUUCUCUUGACUAUAUUCUAGAGGUUUUCAAUUUGGUAAAAUCAAAGAAACUCAUCAUUUUUAAGUGGUCUCUUAUUUUUUACCAGAGCUGUACAAGUACAGACAUACGUAUGCAAACACACACACACGCACACACACACACACACAUACACACAUUACAAUUGCUUGGACAUAAUGAUACGGACACACCAGACUGGGUGUGCAUGUUUUUUUUUUGGACAAAAACUGUGGAUAGGACACAUGAAGUCCAUCCAAAAUGAGCUGUCAAUAUCUUGGACAGACAGAGAAGAUGGGACUGGGGAUGUUUUUGGCGGGGUCACCUUUUUUUUUUGUUUGAAGGCCCCCAAGCUGCGUAAAGGAAUGAGAUGUCAGUUCAAGUGGAAAUGUGACUUUAUGUUUUAUUAACCGAGGUUGUGUUUCAGGGAGUCGGACAUAAUGGCAGACCACCCUCCUCACAGAAAUCUGACUUUUACUCGAUACAGGCUGGAGAUAUUGACAGAAUAAUUCAUGAAGCUCAGACAGGCAUUUGCAGUAGAGAGUGGAGAGAGUCCUGUAGUGUCCUCUUGCUGCAGCUGCAUUUUUUAAACCCCUCCCUGACACUCUCCCCAUACAGGAUUAGGAAGUAGGAAGGAGCUGUGGAGGAGGAGGAGAAGGAGGAGAAGUGUGCAGAGUCAGGGCAGGGUGUAGGUGUGGGCGGUCCACAGCAGAACAGGUAGAGUCAGUUUUGUGUGUAUGGUAAGUAAAAGAGGUGAAGUCUCAGACGUUGCUCCCUCUCUCUCUCUUUCUCUUUCUCUCUUACUCCCUCACUCUCUCUCCCUCUUUCUCUCAGCUGCAGAGAUUACAUAACUCUGUUUUGUUCUGUCUCCUUUGUGGAUUGAAUGUCAGUACGAUUAAGCUGUCUUUUGAUAGGGGCUUUUCUUACUUUCUGCUACGACUAUGAACAACUCUGCUUUUGUUUGUAUUUUUUUUAUACAGACUUCAGUGUUAGGUGUAUUGUUGGAGACUGAACAGUUUAUGUAAAGGCAGAACUGAAGAAUCUUAACCCUUUAAUGUCCUCACAAAAAAAAGCAAUGUGAUGAUCUCUUUUUUUGGUUGCAAUAAUAAAUAAAACACGUGUUUUUUGUUAAAUUUAAA